GGAGCAUAUUCUGGUGUGCGGACUUCUUGUUUUCUUUCUUAAGGUCCCAGACUAUAGAAAACUAACUUGUAACAGAGUCUGAAAUAUCUUGCCUUAUCAUCAGAUGGUGUAUAGUUUAUUUCUAACAUAAAAGAGGAACCAUAAGGUAUGGCUUGUUUGGUGACAGUAGACCUCUUGAAGACUUUAUCUAACAGAGCAGUAUUAAAAUCAGAAUGAUGUUGGCUUUAUAACUGGAAAAUAGUUAUACAUUGUAGGCCUAUUUGUUGCAGGCCUUGCCACUGAAAUUGGCUUAGUCCUGGUGCAGAGAGGUUUAUAACAGUUCCAGCUUCUGGGUUUCUCAUACAAUCUAUGUAUGGAUAUUAUAGGCUAUAUGUGAGUGUGUAUACAGUCAUGGCUGAAAUUGUUGGCAGUGCACCCAUGCCAGAGUAAUAUAAAAUCAUCUGUUUGAGCUCAAUGCCAGUCAAACCAGCUAAUAGGCUAACUUACUGAACAAAACCAAACAAAACACCAUGCCAGUCUAUAGGUAUAGGAAGGGUGAAGGGUGUGUGAUGAUGUGGGGCUAUUUUAGUUCCAAAGGUCAAAGGUCCAAAGGUCAAAGGUACUUAUCCUGAAUCCAUGAAAUAAGUGGCCUUUAAAAAUAAAAAACUGCCUGCCCCUAUGUUAACCCUAGGUGUUCAAUUCCCAUUGGGUUACAUAGGGGUGCCAAUGUUUUUGACCCCAGUAUUUUGGGAAGAACAUUUAUUUAUUUAUGAUACAUUAUUCACUCACAAAGAAAAUUGGUGUCCUUAAAGGUUGAAUCUUUCCUCAUUUUAUUACUUAAGCAAUUGAAAUCAAUUUCCAAAAUAUUAAUUUUAUAUUCCUCUUUUAGUCAACUUUAGCAUGGGUGCCAACAAUUUCAGCCAUGACUUUAUGUAUAUAUAUAUAUAUAUAUACAAAUGCAAAGACCUUUAUAUAAAUAGCCUACAGUAUAUAGAUAAAUACCCUAUUUAUAUUUGAAUAGGCCUAGUGUGCUCGUUUUACUAUAUUGUGUGCUCAUUUUACGAGAUUAAGUUGGCUAAAAUAUGCUCACGUUUAACUGAAUUGUGCGCUCAUUUUUCAAAAUGAAAAGGGGAGCACAAUUUCUUAAAAUGAGCGCACUACUUUAUUUUUUAGAAUUUAUCUACACUUCCCAUAUCCUAAUGGAACCAUUACACCCUUUGCAUCUACACGGGUUUAUUUAAUGAACGGACCGAAUUUUAUCUGCAUAAAGUCAAUGUUUCAGCUAAACGAUUGAUUCUAUUUUUUUUCUUCAGAUAAUUUGAAUAGCAUACCUUUGUUCUUUGUCUUAGUGCGGGGUAGGUAAAGGUGUCUCGUCUCUGGGCUUAAUUUUUAGUCGUGCGGAACCCAACAAAGCAUUCCGUGUUUCCUGAAAAAUUCCGGUAGCCUCAUAGAGUAGCACAAACUGUGCGACGAGCAAUCGAAGACAACACUGUCGCUGUUUCGGUAGUAAGCAAUAAAGUAAAGUACAUGUACUGAAUAUUUUGGUUGCAUACGAAUUAUGAUUGUUCUUUGGUGCAAAGCAUAUGCAAACUAUUUUAAGCAACGGUCACCUCACUGCAUUUAAUUUGUGGGGUCUCGGUCAAGUAAUGUCUGAUGGCUAAAUAUAGCUAAGUAGCUGUUUUUAACACUUGCUGUCAGACAUCUAGGGAACCCAGUAAAAGUGUGGAUCUGGAUCACAGUUCUGGAUUAUAGGCCUAUAAGUGGUCUUUUCGUAUUAGACUUUCUGACGAAAGCUUGCUGGCUUUGCUAAAGGAACUUCAAUCUCACAAUCCAAUGUAAACAAAAUCAGUAGUGUGGGGACAAGCAUGUGACUUCAUCCCAGAAGAGAUCAGUGCAACAUUUGCCCAUUAUUAAUCCAGUUAGCCAUGUUCAAGCCAGCGUCUCCAUCAAUGGAUUACACAGCAGAUCACAAAUCUGCCUUUAAACAGACAGAACGCAACACAGUUGUAAGUGGCGAUAGGACAAGCCCCAUAAGUGUCAUUCUUGUGAGUUCUGGCAGCCGUGGAAACAAAUUGCUGUUUCGAUACCCUUUCCAGAGAGUGUCCGAAAACACAUCAUCAUCAGCAAAUAAACAGCGAAGUCCCUAUGCCCUAAACACAGCAGGCGAUGUCGUAGAUGAUCAAGAUGGUGAUUCAAGAGAACAAACUCCUCUAACUGAUGAACAGUUGGUAGCAGGGUUCUCUGAUAUUAUUCUUGCCACUAUCUUGGCUACCAAGUCUGAUAUGUGUGGGAAGAAAUUCGAGCUGAAGAUCGACAACGUGCGCUUUGUGGGCCACCCGACCCUGCUGCAGUCUCCACACACCAUUCAGGUGUCUAAGUCUGACCCAUCACCAAAGAGGGAGAUGCCCACCAUGAUCCUCUUCAGUGUGGUGUUUGCACUAAGGGCCAACGCCGACCCGUCGGUCAUCAGCUGCAUGCACAACCUGUCGCGGCGCAUCGCCAUCGCCCUGCAGCACGAGGAGCGCCGCUGCCAGUACCUGACCCGGGAGGCCAAGCUCAUGCUGGCCGUGCAGGACGAGGUCACCACCAUGACCGAGACGGAUGGGACCCCACAGUCUCCCUUCAGGCAAAUCCUUCCAAAGUGCAAACUAGCCAGAGACCUAAAGGAGGCCUAUGACAGCCUCUGUACGACAGGUGUGGUCCGCCUGCAUAUCAAUAACUGGCUGGAGGUGAGCUUCUGUCUGCCUCAUAAAAUCCACCGGGUCGGGGGCAACCACAUCCCACCUGAGGCUCUGGAGACCAGCCUCAAGGCCAUCAGGCCGUACCAUGCGCUGCUGCUGCUGGACAAUGAGAAGACCCUGUUGGCCCAGCUGCCCCUGGACUGCUCCCCAGCUCUGGUGCGUCUCAUCAAAACCUGCUCCGCGGUCAAGAACCUCCAGCAGCUGGCUCAGGACGCCGACCUGGCCCUCCUACAGAUCUUCCAGAUAGCUGCACAUCUGGUAUACUGGGGGAAGGCCAUCAUUGUGUAUCCUCUCUGUGAAAACAAUGUCUAUAUGCUGUCCCCACACGCCAACAUUCGCCUCUACUCGCCUCUGGCUGACCAGUUUGCACAGCAGUUCCCUGGCCACGACCUUCCCUCCAUGCUGGCCAAGUUCUCUCUGCCCAUCUCCCUGUCUGAGUUCAGGAACCCUCUGGAUGCCCCCAUGCAUGAGGCUCAGCUGAUCCAGAUGGUGGUGUGGAUGCUGCAGCGUCGGCUGCUCAUCCAGCUGCACACCUACGGCUGUCUGCUGGUCCCCCCCACUGAGGAUGAGGAGAACGGCCUGAAGGACGAAGAGCCCCUCCUGGCUGCGCGGCUCGGGGGACGAAGCCUCAGCACGCCCAACGCCCUCAGCUUCGGCUCCCCCACGAGCAGUGAUGACAUGACCCUCACCAGCCCCAGCAUGGACAACUCCAGCUCCGAGCUGUUGCCCGGCAGCGACUCGCCCCUCAACAAGCGCAUGACGGAGACGCUGUUGGCCAGCCUGACGGAGCAGGAGCGGCAGGGCAUCCUCAGCGUGCCUGCCGCCCAGAGCCCCGAGGACCUGCGCAUGUUCGCCAGGCUGCUUCACUACUUCCGAGGGCACCACCACCUGGAGGAGAUCAUGUACAACGAGAACAUGCGGCGCUCACAGCUCAAGACACUCUUCGACAAGUUCCGCAGCGUGCUGGUGGUCACCAACCACGAGGAUCCGGUCAUCUCAAUCUUUCAGUCUCCUCCAGAAUGAAAGGACACACACACACACACACACACACACACACACACACACACACACACACACACACACACACACAAACACUGUGGAAUGUAACACACUGGAAUUUUUCAGUUCAUUUGUCCCCAACACACACACACACACACACACACACACACACACACACACACACACACACACACACACACACACACACACACACACACACACACACACACACACACACACACACACACACACACACACACACACACACACACACACACACACACAUACAGAUGCAAGCGCACUUAUGCCAUUCCACAAUAGACUUUUUGAACUCUCCUGAAUGCUGCUAACACUGUUGAUUGACUCUGCCUUCUCCACCUUGCCUUCUGAAUCAGGUGAAAUGAGUAUUAUAAGUCACGACUGAAGGUCUUUAUGAUAUAUGAAGCCCAGGAAAUGGUGCCUUAGUCGGGGGUGUGUGAAGGAUCUACUGUAUAUAGUCUAUGGAUGUAUUGUGAACUAUGUAUUCCCCCCCAAUGCUAAACAUUCAUCUCAAACUUGUGUCUCGUCUUUAUUAAUAAAUUAUUGAAUUGCCUUAUAGUGCAGAUUGUUUUUGUUAUGUAUUGGCAUUUCCAGUUAUGGUGUGUUGAUGUCUCAGAAUUCUAGGCCAUUUAACCACCAGCACUGGUUGGCAUGUAUUGUUACAGUUGUGGUUCAUGGCAGACGCUU